AUGACGGAUCAUUUUGAAGCAGAAGAGAACUUGCAGAGAGCUCUUUCAGCUACCCAAGAUGUAGCUGUCUCUUCUCAUGAAUCACAGCACUCACAUGAUUCGGAUGACCACUCAGAGGUCUUGCAUGAGCCUAUCCAAGAACGUUAUGAGAAUCCAUCAUAUUCUCGCUUUCGAAGGGUCGCAUCGAAGACCAUCAUCUCGUUUGGACCCAAUGACCCAGACAAUCCUGUCAAUUGGAAAAAUAGCCGUAAGCUUCUUGUUCUCGCUGCUGGUGUGAUGCAGGUCAUGAACAGUACUAUCGCUUCUUCAAUCUGCAGCAAUGCAAUCCCAGAAAUUGCAGCUGAGUUCAAUAUCACAAAUCAGGAAGCUUUAGUCUUGCCUAUCUCCAUCUUUCUUAUCGGUUAUAUCCUAGGCCCCCUGCUAUGGGGUCCUAGCUCAGAGUACUUCGGACGCAGACGUCCUCUACUCAUCGCAUACUGCGGUUUCAUGAUUUUCAUGCUUGCGUGUGCGGUAGCGGACUCAUAUGUAUCCUUGCUUGUGUUUAGACUCCUGAAUGGAAUGAUGGCAUCUUCACCAAUCGCUACUGUCGGUGGAUUAUUUGCCGAUGUGCAUGACAACCCAACUAAGAGAGGUCGUCUGAUGGCAUACUACAUGGCUUGCACUACAUUUGGUCCAAUUGUUGGCCCCUGGGUCUCAGGCUUUGUCGCAGUUGUGAGCUGGCGCUGGUGUUUCUGGAUUGGACUCAUCUGCUCUGGUGCCUCAUUCCCUCUCGUUAUUUUCAUGCCGGAGACAUAUGCACCAGUGAUCUUGAAAAGACGAGCGCAGAAACUGCGAAAGGAAACUGGAAAUUCUAGCAUCGUCUCCCCACUGGAAGUAGACAGUCGAGACAUUCGCCAAAUGUUCCUUAUCACUAUCUCACGCCCAUUCCGCAUGAUAAUUCACGAAUCAAUUGUGUCGCUGACGUCUCUUUAUCUCGCCCUUGCAUAUGCAAUCUUCUACCUUUACUUCGAGGCAUAUCCAAUCAUUUUUCAAGAUCUAUAUGGUAUGAGUGCUGGUGUAUCCGGGCUAAUGUUUUUACCCAUUGGUUUUGGAGCUGUCCUAGCCUGCUUCGUAUUCAUAUGGUACGAUGGAUAUCUAGCCCGCGCAAAGGCUCGCAAUGCACCCUGGGCAGCAAUUGAAGAAUACCGUCGACUUCCUCUUGCCUGUAUCGGCGGCCCUUUAUACGUCAUUUCCUUAUUCUGGGUCGGUUGGACGGCCUCUCUCGAUAUUCCUUGGGUCGUCCCCUUCCUCUCAGGAAUCCCCUUCGGAAUGGGCUACCUGUUGAUCUUCAUGGCGAUGCUCAACUAUCUCACCGACGCAUACGAGACUCUAUCCGCGAGCGCACAAUCAGCUGCCAGCUGUACACGAAGUAUCCUAGGCGCAGUGUUACCUCUUGCUACAAAGCCCAUGUUCAAUCGAUUGGGCAUUCAUUGGGCUUGUAGUCUUAUCGCCUUUCUCAGUCUGGGUGUUUCCAUCAUCCCAUUUGCGUUUAUCCAGUAUGGAGAUCGGAUUCGAGCAAAUAGCAAGUUCUGUCAAGAGUUAAAGCGCAUCAAGGAAAUUGAGCGCAUGGAACUUGAGCGAGAAGAAAAUGCAUUCGAACAAACUGGUGAUUUGGAAAAGGUUCCUACGACUCAUACUGGUCCGAUUACCAGAGUCGAUACGGCUCGCAGUCAUGCUGCCUCGAUUAUAUGCUGA